AUGAUGUUUUUACCGUUUUUGUGUUUCCUCCCUCUUUGUGCUGCGACUCCCUUGGAGGAGAAAAACAUGAAGCUCCAGCGUGGCGGUUGUCCACUGUUCUGGUUCAGCUUCAAUGGCCGCUGCUAUCGGUACGUCGCUACUCACCAGACCUGGAUUGAUGCAGAACGCCACUGUGUGUCUCUGGGAGCCAACCUGGUGUCCAUCCACAGUCGGGAAGAACAGAACUUUGUCGAAUCACUGAUUCAGAACUUCGACCCGGCUCAAGGACACACCUGGAUUGGACUGACCGACCAUCAUGAGAAUUCAAAAUGGAUGUGGUCUGAUGGAUCCAGGGUGGACUUUGUCUUUUGGAGUCCUGGAGAGCCAAGCAACCAUGGAGGGCAAGAGUCAUGUGUUGAAAUGAACUGGGCUACAUAUAAGAAGUGGAAUGAUACACUAUGCCCUCACAAACAGCCAUUUGUUUGUGUAUUACGCCCAACCUGCCCUUAG